AGAGUUCGUAUGUGGAGGGGAAUUGACGAAUGGCGCAAUCAUCACAAAAAGGGAUAUUGAUAACGAUUCCAGUUCUACUUCUCUCAGUCUCCGCCGCCGCCGUGUUCUUGUUCUUCAUCUCUUCUUACCUCUCUUCUCCUUCUCCUUGCACUUUCCCUCCUUCCAUCCCUCCCACCGCCUUUACCGCCGCCGUAUCCGGUGGUUCAAUGAGGGAAGAAGAUGCGGAUCGGAGGAUUUCUACCAGCAGAGAUGAUAUAGAGUGGGUGAAAGAUCAGAUCCGAGCUAAUGGAUUACAUAUGCACGAUAAUGUGCUUCGUAAAGGGAUCAAUCCUCGAACACGUGCUCGACAAUUGGAAGAUCUGAACAACUUUAAGGGUAUUUCACACUAUGAAGGAUCUGAAGCAGACAACCACACUGCUCUUCCAUGUCCGGGUGAGCUUCUUGUUGAAGAGCACCAUAGUAAUUAUGGGGAGCCAUGGGCUGGAGGCCGGGACGUCUUCGAGUUCCUUGCAGAAUCUAGUCACCUAACACCUAAUUCUCAUGUUCUCGAGAUAGGUUGUGGAACACUUCGUGUGGGAUUGCAUUUUAUCCGGUAUCUUAAACCGGAGCACUUCCAUUGUCUUGAAAGGGAUGAGCUUUCCUUAAUGGCUGCAUAUAGGUAUGAGCUUCCUUCGCAAGGGCUUUUACAUAAGCGACCAUUAAUCGUUCGUGGUGAGGAUAUGGAUUUCACGAAGUUUGGAUCGGAUGUUGUGUAUGAUUUGAUAUAUGCUAGCGCUGUUUUUCUUCACAUGCCGGAUAAGCUCGUGUGGGUUGGACUCGAGAGUUUAGUGAACAAGUUGAAACCUUAUGACGGGCGCAUAUUUGUUUCGCAUAACAUAAAGUUUUGUACGCGAUUGGGAGGGGAAAAAUGCACGAAAAGGCUUGCAAGUUUAGGGCUCGAGUAUCUCGGGAAGCAUACACACGACAGUUUAUUGUUCAAUCACUAUGAGAUUUGGUUCGAGUUUAGGCGGACUAAAGCUUAGAUGUUCCAAGAAGCCAGGAGAGAAGAUACAGGUGAUGUCCUCGGUUUCGUAUCCAUUCGAUCAAUUCCACCAUUCUCUUAGAAGGUUUAAGGCUGUUGUACCAUCGUUUAAGGGGAUAGGAAAGUGAAAAAAGGGGGGCUUUAAUCACUAUCAUAUUUUUGUUUGAAUGGAUAAUCUGUUUGUGCAGUAAACAUUAAUGUAGGUAUUCAAGCUGAAUAGAACAAUCAGAUAGCUGAAGCUUUCAUGAACUUAAAUGGCUGUCAAGUGAUGUAUUGGGUUAAGCUGGUUGGAAUC